UGCCGAUGCCGCAACGACCGUAGUUAUGAGUGUCUAUAGGGUUUCAUUAGAUAUUUCCAGAGCUAGCAGCAUUCGGAAAUCAUUUUCUACAAUAUUCUUCUACAAAUUGUUUUACUAUAACUUCUCAUGUACAAGGCCGAGUCAUCUCCGGUCGUCCGAAGCAAAUGGAUGCAUGAAGCUUAAGCACAGUAGAGCCCUGACAUGACGCCGCCUCGGGCGUUGGUUCCGCAGCUCCGCUAGUUAAAGCAAGUCGAGCUAAAUCAUCCUUAUCGGCCAAUCUCCCCCUCUAACCCGCAUGCCCGCAGUACAAAAAGUAUUCCCCACGGCGGAAAAAUUUUGGAACAGAACACUUCACUUGUCAUGAGUUAUUGCUCCUCAUAAAUAUGGGCGAGGCGUAUGGAUUUCGACUUCAGCCUAUUCUCGAUGAUCUCGGCAGCGCAUUACUUCUUGUUGCCAAGCUAUCAUGGCAGCGCACGUUGAAGGCAUGGCUGUAUACCCCUAUAGGAGUGGUUCUGAUUAUGCUUGCUUGCUUUGGUGUCAACCAGUUGAUCGGACUUAGCUCCGUGGGAUUCCCUGCAUCUGUGGCCUGCAUGAUUGUCUUGUUCUUUGCCCUCGUGGCCUUGGAUUUUGUUCUGGGUGAAAAGAGAACACGCGCGUUGAUUAAAUUGAUUGAUAUUCCAGCAGGAUGGUCCCUCCGCUUUAUGAGCAUCUUCUUCACUCCUAGUUUCGUUCUUCUACCUCUUUCUCCUUCCAUUAGCGGAAAGGAAAUUGGUCUCAUUGUAGCUGUAUUCCUCAUUGGCUACUUUGUCAUCUUCUCCGCAACCGCAUACCUUGCCCGAGGCCUGCAGCUUCUGCUUGGGACAUCCAAACGCGCCAUGACCGAGCGCGCCGAGGAAAUGGGCCAUGAACUGGACGAGAUCCCCAUAUCCGAACGACAUCGACAAGAAUCCAAAGACUCCCAAACCGCAUCAACCUCGACUCUUGGUCCGCGUCUAGCCAGCACGCAGCCGGAGCAAAGCACUUCACUAAACACCCCCAUCGGCGGCGCGGACGAGCAUGACCCCGAACUGGAAAACCCUCCAGAACCCGCGGCAGAUAUUGCCGCUCCACUACGGGCUCAAGAUCCUAGCACGAUUCGUGGCACCGGUGGACCUCCUGCCCACGACGACAUUCAUACUCGUGAACCGUCCCCACCUCGAGCACAGCCACGCCAGGACCCGCCGCCACUUACACGCGCUCAGCGCUGGGCGACGUUCAUCAACAAGUACCUGGACACGCUGACGUACUUGACCCUAAUGAUCUUCGUGGGAAUCCCAGUAUACUAUGGCGCCGGAUACGCAAUGCCGUUGCAUCUCCCGCUGAACGUGUUGAUGUAUUUCAGCGCCAUGGCCAUUCCUCCAAAAUACAAGCGCUUCCUGCAUCCCGUGCUUGUCAGUUCUGGGUUUACUAUUCUCGGAGUCUGGGUCCUCGCGCUCAUCAAGGGCAAUAGCUUGUUUGAUGGACUGCAUGAUUACUCGACAAAGACAAAGUAUCUCCAGUUGUUUGAUGGCAAGCAUGGCAUCCGUGCACCUGGGGGGGGCGACAUCUUUAGUAGCAUCCUGGAUGUCAGUAUUGUUGCAUUGGCCUUGCCCAUGUUUCAAUAUCGAAAGGAACUUAUGCGACAUUUCAUCUCAAUCACAUUCCCUACACUAUCGCUCGGUGCCGUUUCGCUCUUUCUUUAUCCCCUUGUCAGCCAUGCAGUCGGCAUUGCUCCCACGCGCGCCUUGUCAUUUUCUUCUCGAAGCUUGACUCUCGCCUUGGCCAUGCCCGCUACGGCCAAUCUGGGCGGUGAUCUCAACCUCGAGGCCGUCGUGGCCAUUAUGAGCGGAGUCAUGGGUGCUCUGAUCGGAAACACUCUAUUGAAAUGGCUCCGCAUUCCAGAAGACGACUACGUCACCCGCGGCGUCACGCUGGGCGCCAACUCAUCCGCCAUUGCGACGGCCAUGCUGCUUGUGACUGACCCGCGGGCUGCAGCACUAUCGUGUCUGUCCAUGAGUCUGCUUGGUACGAUGAUGGUCGCGCUGACAUCUGUGCCGCCUUUGGUCAAAAUUGUUGCUGGCUUGGCCGGAGUGAAUUGAGUCGAUUCAAGCCGAGUCAACUCGGUCAAAGAUGAUGAUGGCUGGGGGCUGUUUGAUACGAUCACAUAGUCCGAUACGUUCUUUUACUUUGUGUAUAUAAGUAGGUGAUCUACAAAUUACUCAUGUAUGAUGAAAGGAAAGGGGGGAGGAGAAGAUGUGGGGGAUGGAGGAGCGGUAAUCGCUUCUCCUCCUUGAAUGUCCGUAUAGGUACAUCAAAACGUUUGACAAAGGAGUGGAGAGACAAAAGGUAACAGAGGUGGAGUUGAUGAAUAGAGGAUC